CCGGCGAGCGGGCGCCGAGUGCUUGUCCCGCGGCCGAGCUACUAAUAAAGUUGCGGCGCGUGCACAGCGCGGCGACGGCGUGAGGAGAGCGCGCCUGGGCGGCGGGGAGGUGAGUGAGGGGCCCCGGGGCGGGCGCUCGGGGCCCGGCGGAGGGACACGCGCUGGCGGUAGCGGCCCGCGUGAGGCUGGAGGCCUAGCUGCUCCCCGCGCGGGACCUGACGGCACGGGACGGGGCUCCGCGCGGCGCGGGAGGCCCCGGUACUAAGGAGGCCCCGCGCGGCCGACGAGGCCGGCGCGGACGAGGCCGCUGCCACCUCGGCGCGCCACCGACGCCCGGGCCCGCGCGCGGAGCCGCGCAGGCGGCCUAGGCCGAGCGCGCGCCCCGCCGCUUUGUGUCUGGGAGAUAAGGAUCCGCGCUUAUCGGUGGGAAUUACACUCUGGCCAGCCGGCCGGCGGCGACCCGCCCCUGCGCCCGCCCGCCCGCCCGCCCGCCCGCUCGCCCGCUCGCCCGCCCGCUCGCCCGUCACUCUCCGGACGUCGCAGGGGCUCCUUCGCUGCGCUAAACUUUGUGACUUGUACUAAGAAGAAGCGUAUGGCACCUGUCAAGUUAAAUGUCAGUCCCCACCUCCACUUGGACUUUCUGCUUAAGACCUGCAUGUGACUUUUCACCUGCGAUCCACGCUUUUGGUAUCUAGUGACUUUGAUUACAGGAAGGUGUCUGAAGAUUUGUAUCAAAUGACGUCAAUGGCCAGCUUGUUUUCUUUCACUAGUCCAGCCGUGAAGCGAUUGUUGGGCUGGAAACAAGGUGACGAGGAAGAGAAAUGGGCAGAAAAGGCAGUGGAUGCUUUAGUGAAAAAGCUGAAGAAGAAGAAGGGUGCUAUGGAGGAGCUGGAGAAAGCCUUGAGCAGCCCAGGACAGCCAAGCAAGUGUGUCACGAUCCCCAGGUCCUUGGAUGGACGCCUGCAAGUUUCUCACAGGAAAGGCUUGCCCCAUGUUAUAUAUUGCCGUGUUUGGCGCUGGCCAGAUUUGCAGAGCCAUCACGAGCUAAAACCAUUGGAUAUUUGUGAAUUUCCUUUUGGAUCUAAGCAAAAGGAAGUUUGUAUCAAUCCGUACCACUAUAAGAGAGUGGAGAGUCCAGUCUUACCUCCAGUGUUAGUGCCUCGUCACAAUGAAUUCAAUCCACAACACAGCCUUCUGGUUCAGUUCAGGAACCUGAGCCACAAUGAACCGCACAUGCCACAAAACGCCACGUUUCCCGAUUCUUUCCACCAGCCCAACAACGCUCCUUUCCCCUUAUCUCCUAACAGCCCCUAUCCUCCUUCCCCUGCUAGCAGCACAUAUCCCAACUCCCCAGCAAGCUCUGGACCUGGAAGUCCAUUUCAACUCCCAGCUGACACCCCUCCCCCUGCCUAUAUGCCACCUGAUGAUCAGAUGGCUCCAGAUAAUUCCCAGCCUAUGGAUACAAGCAGUAACAUGAUUCCUCAGACCAUGCCCAGCAUAUCCAGCAGAGAUGUUCAGCCUGUCGCCUAUGAGGAGCCCAAACACUGGUGUUCGAUUGUCUACUAUGAAUUAAACAAUCGUGUUGGGGAAGCUUUUCAUGCAUCUUCUACUAGUGUGUUAGUAGAUGGAUUUACAGAUCCUUCAAAUAACAAAAGUAGAUUCUGCCUGGGAUUAUUGUCAAAUGUUAAUCGUAAUUCAACUAUUGAAAACACUAGGCGGCAUAUUGGAAAAGGUGUUCAUCUAUACUACGUUGGUGGGGAGGUGUACGCCGAGUGUCUUAGUGACAGCAGCAUCUUUGUUCAGAGUAGGAACUGCAACUUUCACCAUGGCUUCCAUCCCACCACCGUCUGUAAGAUCCCCAGCAGCUGCAGCCUCAAGAUUUUUAACAAUCAGGAGUUUGCUCAGCUUCUGGCUCAGUCAGUCAACCACGGAUUCGAGGCUGUGUAUGAGCUCACCAAGAUGUGUACCAUUAGAAUGAGCUUUGUCAAGGGUUGGGGAGCGGAGUACCACCGACAGGAUGUCACCAGUACUCCGUGCUGGAUUGAGAUUCACCUCCACGGGCCUCUGCAGUGGCUGGAUAAAGUCCUUACUCAGAUGGGCUCUCCGCUGAACCCCAUUUCUUCUGUUUCAUAGUGCAGAAGUAUUCUUUUCAACUAUAUUUUUAGUGGACUUGUUUUAAUUUUAGAGGAAUUUCCAGUACAGAUGCUGUGAGCUGACAUGGAAAACAGAUAUUAUUUUUUCUACGUAAUUGUGACCAACACAUUUGUAUUUUAUGAUGAUAUUACAUUUGUUUGUAUUCGUGUUCAUUGUGAUUAACUUUCAAAAGUAUUGUAAACGAUGUAGAGUAUUUUGCCCCUGUUGAAAUGUUUAGUAUUGAUCUUAAACUGGAACGUACUUUUGCUUAUUGUCCCAACAGUUUUUUAAUUUGUUAAUUUUUUUUUUACAAAGUAGUUCAUCACAUAAUGAAAUUUUAUCCUGUAAGAGAACAUAUAUUGUGGAAAGCAGUAGACGAUAUUCCUCUGGGAAUUUCUUUGCCUACCACCUUUGAAAAAGCAUACAUUGUUUGCAAAACCUCAAAGUAGGGCUUGCUUAAAGGAAACUGUUGAAUCUUAUUUGAAGGACACUGCAGUCCUAACGUGUUCAGUGAAAGCAAGGUGGUAGAUUUCUGGACGUCAUAUAUUUACAUUUAAUAUAGGUAAUAUUCAUCAGUGUAAUGUGACUUCAUGCCAUAUAUCUUUUGUAAAACAAUUCCUUUUAAAAAAUUUCAAGUAUUUGUCAUUUACUCAAAUUUGUCAUAAGUCCUACUUAACAGCUAGUUACUGUGUGCUCUGUGGCCUUGUUCAGCAUUGUUUGCUGCUUUGGGCCAAUGAUUCAAGAACUCUAAUUUUCCUGUGCAUUAAUCUUUUCAUUUUGCACUUUUUUGGGUGACUGUCUUAGUGUAGCCUCUGGUAAAAUACUGUCGGGUGACCUGGUCUUAGAGCUCCUCCUUGCUGCCUUGGCACUCCUUUGUGCAACACGACCACUUAGAGAUGACAGCUAUGAGCUGUGCUGCUUUUUCUAGCCUUUAGUUUCCAAUUUAGUUUAUAAUGUUGUUCUUCUAUAGCUCCAGCUGAGGCGCCUGUUAGUCCCCUACAGUGUUCUGAGCGUAGUGACACUGAAAGGUUAUGUAUGCGUGAAUACCUUUGCUCCUUACCAGACUUGUCAUACAAGGCCUCGUGCAGCGUAGCCAGCAGAGGCUCUUUGGCUGGCUCAAGAGUGAGGCUGUUGGUGUAAAUGAAUCACAAUAGGGAUUGGGAUAGUUCACGUCAUAUGUCAUAUAGCAAGACAGUGUAGAGUGUAGGCUUGUCUCUCUGCAUCAACGCUCUGCCUUUUUCUUUUUAUCCUUUUAGAACCUACAUGGACACUAAUCUCCACAACACUGUUGGAUGUGAACACUCUUAAGACACCCAUCUAGUUCACUGUGCCUUGUCCUUAGGACUCUUAACCACUUUCUAGGGAGCAGUUAUGGCCUGAGAUGGACAGUCAUGGCCUGAGAAUGAAGACACUACUUCGAUAAAGAAAAAAGCCUCAUUUGCCUAUCAGAGUGAGAAAGUUUAUUUUCUGGUGCCUUUUGAAAAUAUACAGAGCCACUUAGUUCUUCUGCUGAAAAUGUUAUUUUGGUUUGACUUUUUAGAGUGCCCUUCCUGCCUUUAUGAGGAAAACAGCUUUUUUUUGGGGGGGGGGGGGAUUCCUUUUGUUUUCUGUGUCGUUAUUUAUUGCCUUUCAGAGUACAACCAUUGGGUGGCUUUGCUCCUUCAGAGAGGGUUCCUUGAUGGCCUUCAGUAGACUGAGCUGUAGACAUAAGUAUUCCAUAGCAAGAGUGUGUCAGCUCCAUGAGAGAGAUGUCCGCUUUAUAGCCGAGUGCAGAAACCGUUCACUGUUCCUUUACUUGGCAGCCUUUAAGAACAGGUUUGUAAGAACGUGUCUUGAGUUGAGUGAGUGUAUGUCUGUGAGCUCUGCUGAAGUCUGGAAACAAGGGCCUUGCCUGCUCCUUUUUCCAGCAGUGUUGUCUCUCCACAGUCUUCAUGUCACAGGCCUCGGGCUUGCAGAGUCCUGUGUGGCCUGCCAUCUGUACAGUGGCAGGACUGAAGCUCUGAGCUGUUCCGAGGUUCAUGGAGAAAUCCCAGCCUGCUCUGUGGUCAGUAAAUGGAGACUGUGUAGUCUACCUGCUCCUGUACUGUCUAAGGGUAUACAUACGUCUGUGGGUAGGCAGUACUCAGUGAGAUGAAGACAGCAAGUGUGCACUGAACCACAGAGGGCAAGGAGUAGGGCCUCCGAAGAAGCCACCAGACCAGUCCAGUGUCAGUCUCUGUCUGAGAUGGCUCUGAUGGGGCCCAGACUGGCCCUGAGCAUGCUGAGUUGCUGAGGGUGGUCUUCAGUUCUCUACCCUCUGAAGUGCUAGGAUGACAGACAUCCGCCAUCAUACCCAGCUUCUGUGAUGCUAAGGAUCAGCCUCAGACUUCAGGCGUGUUAGGCAAGUACUCUGCCAAGUAUUUAGUAUACAAAAUACAUUAGUAUCUGCCAGGGAAGAAAGAAUUGCAAAUAAUAGAGAUUGCCAUCAGUUUGAUAAAUGUUGUAAAUGGAAGAAUCAAAAUCUCAGCCAUGGAUUACAGCAACAAGAUGCUGCCUAGGAAAAGCAGGACCAAGAGGUACAUUUGACUAGUAAACCUUCAGCAUCGCGUGAUGACCUUGCUGAUGUCACUCAACUGAACUUAAGGGCUGUAAGUAGGCAUGCUGUGGGCCUUCCAGAACUAGAGAAAAUUGGAGGAGGAAGUCAGUUCUAAAGUAGCAAAAGCUGGGUAAUGGUGGCACAUGCCUUUGAUUCUAGCACUCGGGAGGCAGGGGCUAGCCUAGUCUACAGAGCAACUUCUACACAGAGAAACUGUCUUGGAGGAAGAAAAAAAAGAGAAAAGUGAAAGAGCAAACAAAUAGAACAGAGUAGGAAUCCAUGUCCCCUUUUUUCUAUGUUUCAUGGUUGCAUGUGUAAGAAAAGUAGUCAUAGAUGUGGCUAAGUUUCUAAGAUGAAACCAGUAGUAAGAUUGCUAAAUAUGACACUUCAGCAGGCUACACUAAUAAUGCAGAGAGGAAAUGGGCCACUUUAAUACCAUCUGCAAGUUAGACACCCUGUGGGGGUGUGAAUGACAGUAACAUUGCAAUAUGAAAUGAACUGUGCAAGUAACACUUGGGGUUACCUCACAGUCUCCCUAUGCCUGAGAGGACUGUGGGAAACAUUUCCAUCCCCUGCCAGUAUUGUCAUUGGGAGGACAGAGUAGAUGAAGAAGUGAAGUCUUACUGGUCCAGGGCACUCCUGUCAGCCAUGUCAUUUGUACUUCUGCCACAGAGCACCAAGAGGCUUGGCUCAGUAUCCUCAAACCUUGUCUGGUCACUUCCCUGGCAGCACUUGGGUCCCUGUCACUCACUGGUCUCUUAAAAGUCCUGUCUCUUUGCUUCCUGAAGAUUCUCCAAAAAAUUACUAUUUUUUAUUUCUUUUUUAAAAGUCUUUGUUAUUUUGUUUUGGGAUACAGUCUCUUUGUACAGUCCUGGCUGGCCUGGAAAUUACUAUGUAGGCCAGCCUCAAACUUGAAGUAAUUCCCUCCAACUCCCUCUGGAGUUCUGGGAUUACAGGCAUGCACUACGGAGUACAGUGAGCUCUGAUGGCUUUUAAAAUUCAGCCCCUUUGAGGGUUUGGUUUUAGAUCCAUUAGCUUUGUCUGAACCCGUCUUUGUCCGGCCGAGUAAAUCCUCUGCUAUCUGGGGUCUCGGUAGAAAUGUGUUCUCAGUAUACAUACGGCUAAACAUUGGUUGUUUAUAGGUGGCCUCAGAUAUUUGGUAGAGCAUCUUUUUUGAAAGUAAUCUCCAGCUAGGUGGGUAUUUCUCUCACAGCAGUAGGAUUUUCCCUUUAGGAAAUACCAGUUCUUCAUCUUUCUUGUGAAAAUAAUGUAUUUAUGGGGAGUGAAGAUUAAGGCGUUGUUUCUACACUAACAAAAUUCUAUUUGAUGGACAACUUGAACAGUUCUGUGGACUUGGGUGGGUUCUAGUAUGCUAAAAAGGAUAACAGUAUUUAUUAGUAUCUGUCAUCCGGCCUUGCUCAUCUCCCUGUCUAGGGCUGUAGGUCAGUGCUCGAGCACUUAGCAGGCAUCGAGUCUAGUGUUCAGUGCCUAGCACUGCACAGAACUCAGGAUAUACCUGUACUGAAACUGAAGUGACCACCUACAGCCGGGUCGUAUGCCAGAACCACAGAAAGGAGAUUCACAGUGAUGUGUUUAAAGCAUUGGGCUGGUGAUGGUUGCUGUGUAGUAAUGACCUCUUCCUCAGCACAGAGUCCUGGAGCAGGCUGUCCUCAGAAGAGGGAAAGGACUGGUGUGCUCCUUGUGCAGGUAACUUAGUGUAUAAGUCAAUAAGUAGCUAUCCUUUAAGGAUUUGUUUGAAGUUGCUCUUUGUAAAAAGUUGAGAAUUUUGUGUGUGUGCAGUUGGGCACAUGCUUGCCCUUCCCCCACCCGCCAUAGUCCUGCCUCUUGCUGUGAACCUGUGUCAGCUACAACACUCCAGCUAGGUCCGAGCUCUUUUGAGAGAAGGUCUCUUGAGCACCAUUCUCAGAGAGGAGCUGAAGCAUGGGGAGCCUUAGGACGGUCAGGCAAUGCACUCUUUACCACGGCUGGCUAAGGCUGCAGCUUGACUGUCCUUACCUAAAUCAGGUAAGAAUGUGAUUACAGAGCGAGUGCUUGUGUUCCCCGGCCUGCCUUCUCCGAGGAAGAUGCUUCAUUCGAGGAUGAUGCAGAGCAGACGGAUGGCUGCACUGUAGGUCUGCCUCCUUCUGCGUAUGGGUUCUGCUGCUGCUUACGGCAUAGGAAACUACACUAGCAGCGUGCUUCAAUUCUGCCAUCUUUUGAUACUUAUAAAAAUGUAUUAGGUUUUACUGUAUUGUGCUCUCAAAGCCAUAACUCUUAAGAAAUUUGUUUUUUUUGCAUAUUGUUUGCUAAUACUUUGUUUUAAUAAACCUCAAAAUCUGCUUA